AUGCUCAUAAUAACAAAGCAGAAGGAAUGGUAUAAAGUAGAAUAAAAGUCCCUGUUAUCCGCAGGUCCCCUCUUCCCACUUACAAGGGAGUUUCUUAUAUACUCUUCUAAAAAUUAUCUGUGCAUUUACAAGACUAUUCAUGUCUCUCUAAAAAAAAAAAAGAACAGACGAGAUUAUUCUAUAAUAUGCUCCUACAUCUUGCUUUUUUAAAAUUUUCAAAUUUAACUCUUGACACCUUCUCACAUUAGUUCUUAUAGAUGUGUUGAGAAACACACUUCUGUGGUUCUCUUGAACUCCAACACACCUUGCUGGUUUAAAGAAUGCAAGGGCCUAACUGUUCUUUACCUAGGCCAUUUCUCAGAGUUUGUGUUUGCAGCAAGCAACCUUGAGGGUUGAGGUAACGUCUCCCUCUGAGACAAAGCAGGUUUGCUUACUGUUUGCGAUAAAGCAACAGAAUCACCAAGCUCAGUGUUUCUCUCCCAUAACACAACCCACUUCACGUCCAGAAAUCCAUGUGGACCCAUCUGCAUGAACCCCAGGGGAUUUGUAGGCAAAGGAACCAUCGCAAACGUGAUGCUCAUACUGCCUGCUGUGCUGUGAAUGAUCAAGUCCUUUGUUUCUGAGCUAGGAGUUUCAUGUCUUCUGCCAGUGUCUAUGAAAAGGCUAACUUAACUAGCUUGUGAAGAAAACUGGUCUUGUGGUGGUGAAAAACAUGAAAAUUGUUGGUCUCCACUGUUCUAGUGAAGAUUUACAUGCUGGGAAAAUUGCUCUUAUAAAACAUGGGUCAAGGCUGAAAAACUGUGAUCUGUAUUUUUCCAGAAAACCAUGUUCUGCUUGUUUGAAAAUGAUUGUAAAUGCUGGAGUUAACCGAAUUUCAUAUUGGCCUGCUGAUCCAGAAAUAAGUUUGCUUACUGAGGCUUCUAGUUCUGAAGAUGCAAAGUUAGAUGCUAAAGCAGUGGAAAGAUUGAAGUCAAACAGUCGAGCCCAUGUGUGUGUGUUACUGCAGCCUUUGGUGUGUUAUAUGGUGCAGUUUGUAGAGGAGACUUCUUACAAAUGUGACUUUAUUCAAAAAAUUAGAAAAACAUUGCCGGAUGCUAACGUUGACUUUUAUUCUGAAUGUAAACAAGAAAGAAUAAAAGAAUAUGAAGUGUUCUUUUUGGUUUCAAAUGAAGAAAUGCAUAAGCAAAUACUGAUGACUAUAGGUUUGGAGAACCUAUGUGAAAAUCCAUACUUUAGCAAUCUAAGGCAAAACAUGAAAGACCUUGUCCUACUUUUGGCCACAGUAGCUUCCAGUGUGCCCAACUUUAAACACUACGGAUUUUAUUGUGGCAGUACUGAACAGAUUAAUGACAUUCGCAAUCAAAGUUUGCCACAAGAAAUUGCAAGGCACUGCAUGGUUCAGGCCAGGUUAUUGGCAUAUCGAACUGAGGAUCAUAAAACAGGAGUUGGAGCAGUCAUUUGGGCAGAAGGGAAAUCUCGAAACUGUGAUGGAACAGGUGCGAUGUACUUCGUAGGAUGCGGUUAUAAUGCGUUUCCUGCUGGAUCUGAGUAUGCUGACUUCCCACACAUGGACGACAAACAGAAAGACAGAGAAAUAAGGAAAUUCAGAUACAUCGUACAUGCUGAACAGAAUGCCUUGACAUUUAGGUGUCAAGAAAUAAAACCAGAAGAAAGAAGUAUGAUUUUUGUGACAAAGUGCCCAUGUGAUGAAUGUGUACCUUUAAUUAAAGGAGCAGGCAUAAAACAAAUCUAUGCAGGGGAUGUAGACGUUGGAAAAAAGAAGGCAGACAUCUCUUACAUGAGAUUUGGGGAACUCGAGGGUGUUAGCAAAUUUACAUGGCAGCUGAAUCCAUCAGGAACUUGUGUUCUUGAACAAAAUGAGCCUGAAAGCAGAGAGAAUGGUGUGUUGAGACCUAUACCUCUGGAUGAAGAACAGCACCAGAACAAGAAGUUGCGUCUUGGAAAGCACUGAGUCCUGCCUAAACUAGAGUGAAAGCCUCAAGAAUUUUUAUUGCACUUUUUAAAUUCAGCCUUGUUAACUCAGAAAAUGAGGAUGGAUCUUGUGAAAAAUAGAAAAAAUUUUUUAAGGAAGCUAAUUUAUUACCAGCAUAUGAAUUAUGUUAAUGAGAAUAUUUUUAUUUUAGAUUUAUUUCUGUUUUCUAGAUUGUAGUGGUAUGUUCUUUUAUUACACUAAAUGAGGUAGCAAUAAUUUAACGAGACCGAUUUAAUCACUCAUAGGAAUUGAUUUCUCCUUCUCUUAGCUUUAUAUUAGCCAGUUUGAAAGGGACGGAGUCACUGGAAGUCACUUCUCAGCAGAGAAUUACAUACUUUUUAAGAAAUAGUAAUUCCUUUGGAUUAUGAAGGUGAUAAUUAGUAAACUGCUCCAGGGAAAUAACUGGUGACUUAGCCUUUUUAAGUCAGUGUAUGGCUCACUAAAAGUUCACAUUUAUACCCAAAACUUUUAAUAGUCAGAAUUUACUUAAUUAGAAUUUAAUCAUAAAAUUUCCAUUAUAAAAGUAUAUUCCUCACAAGGUUAUUAAUUUUUCUUAAAUCUUUCAAUAUGUAAAAAUCACAAUGGUUUUGGAUUAGAGUGUUAUAUGGCUGAUUUUGGGUAGCAAUAGGAGGAGAAUAUCAUUCUGAGACAGUAUCACUAUUUCAUAUCACUGACUCUCGAAAUCACUAACAUUGAGCCUCAAAUUUGUUUAUGAUGUUAAGAGAGAAGAAAUAUUUUAAUCUGGAAUAUUGAAAAUAGCUUUUCAAAUUCCAUUCAUAAAUGCUGCCCAUUUUCCCUCCAUAUAAUUAACACAGAGUAUCUCACGGCUUUGAAUGGAAGGCCUUUUAAAAACAUUUGCAAACCUUGAGAAUACUGAAAAUCUUGCAAGUAAACAUUAUGGUCAAUUCAGUUACAUUCCAGAUUGCUCUUCGUGAGUCCUCUCAUUUUUAUUUGCUGAGAAACUUUCAGAAAAUUAGUCCAAAGAUGGAGGUGCAUGUAUCGUACUUUCCUGGAGUUAGGGAGGGAAUUGCAUGGCCCACGGCCCGCAGGCCUGCGCAUGACGUCCUGAGGACUGACUCCCCUGGCUGUGGAGGGGUGAUCAGGUUUCCUCUGCUCUUGUCCUCUUCCUUUCCAUGGCAUCACACGGCCUCACGAGGCCUCCUCCCAGUUUCUCAGAAUUGUACACAGGACAAUCCAAAUGUUGACCCAAGGCCCCUGCUUGUACAGCAGCCUGCUUAUGUGCCCUGGGAUUCAAAGUCACCAUAGCAGGCAGUUGAGAACUGCCAUAAACGUUUUAACACAAAAUGCUGGGCAUGGAAUAGAGAGGGAGGGGAGGAAAGAUACCCUGAGAGAUAACUAAGGCUAAUUUGAAAACCAGUAGUUAUGCAAUUCUUCAAUUGUUAUCAAUAUGAAAAUACUCAGAUUUGCUUACAUCCCCCGAUUGCUUUAAUAUAGUGAUUAUACGUGCUUAAGUUCAUAUUAGAUUUGUUGUUUUUUGCUAAUAUGUCAACUGCAUCAAGUAUUUUAUAAAUCAGUCAGCAAAUAUUUUGUAAGACCCAAAUGCCUGGUAUACUGCCACGUUUAUGGAUUUUGUGUUUGGCAUUGGGGGGGAUAUCAGAAGGGAGAAACAUACAAAUGGGAAAAGCUAUGAUUAUGAAGUGGAAAAUUGAUAUUUCCAUAGCACUAUUAAAAUGGUCAUGAUAAGGUCAUAUUUCCUUCUGUACAACUGGUCAGAUUUCAACAUUUCUUGAGAGUUAACUGUAUAGUACCAGAAGGAAAGCUCUAUGAGAGCAGGUAUAUAUAUAUAAAUUUUUUAAACUACUGAAUCUAGUGCCUACAAUGGUGCCUGGCACAUAAUAAGCAUUCAAUGAAUGUCUGUUGAUUGAUCGAAUGACCGCUGGACACUGGCUAGACCCUGGAGAUGAGAUGUGUAACAAAUGCUCCCUGAUCUCAAGAGGUCACAGUCUAGUGGAUGAUAUGAGCAUCUAAUCAAGUAACCGAGAAUGAUGCCCAGGCUGGGGCCCCUGGACCGGCAGCAUUAGCGUCACCCGGGCACUUGUUAGAAAUGCACAUUCUUAGGGCCCACCCAGACCUAUUGAAUCAGAAUUUCUGGGAGUGAGGCUCAGCAAUCUGCAUUUUCAUACACCUUCCAGCAGAUUCUGAUGACCUUUAAGGUUGAGAACCACCCUGUGGAUGUAAGUAUAGGAGCAGUGGUGGCGCAAAAGAGGCCAAGCCUAUGCUCUGGUGAGCAUGGAGAAAGGGUGCUUUUUUUUGUAGAGGUGAGGUGCUUAUGGUGGGUCCUGAAGGGGGCACAGGGGGUGGCCAGACAAACAGUGGGGAUGAGAUGAACUUCUGAGAGAAAGUAAUGGAUGACAUGGAUGGUCGCACUGGGAAGUAGGAAAGGGAAGUGACUGGAGAUGCACAGAUUGCUGAGCUGUACCGAGAGCCCCCCAGGGCAGCAAAAUUGACUAAGAUCUAGUAAUUCAGAGUCAAGAGGCUUCAUCCCUUAGCCUGAGAAAUCAGAAUUUGCACUUAAACAAAUGUACAACGUCUUCCUUAAAUUCAAAGAUUGGGAGGGUAAUACUAAGUUCAUAAUUUGAAAAGACUAGCUCUGCAUUUGUUUACUGCCAAGUGACAGUGGAAUAUGCUGACACGAGGUAGCAUAAGCAUGGGCCAGGUCCCCUCCAUUCCUGUCGAGUACACACAGGUUUCUGUGUAUUGUUUUAUUGUAUUACUGCUGAAGUUUUUUUUUAAUCCAGCUUUUCUAUGGGUUUUUCUUCCUUGGUUACUUAUUGAGUUUGAAAAUAUACCCUUCUCUCAUAAAUCUUCCUCAUUUUAUGCAUGAACAGUUCUGCUUUAGGAUCUGCCACAGCAAUCUGCUUUUGGCCUACUUUAGAGCAAGUGGCAUUAAACACCAUUUUUUUGUGUGAGAGGAAAAUCGGCCCUGAGCUAUCAUCCAUGCGAAUCCUCCUCUUUUUGCUGAGGAAGACCGGCCCUGGGCUAACAUCCGUGCCCAUUUUCCUCCACUUUAUGUGGGAUGCCACCACAGCAUGGCCUGACAAGCGGUGCCUCCCUGCACGCCCGGGAUCCGAACCCGGGCCGCCAUCGGCGGAGCGCGUGCACUUAACCACUACGCCGGCCCCAUUAAACACCAUUUUUUUAAAGUCCUGGUCUUGCCAAUAGUGGCCACGUGGCAUUUAGCUGAGGCUGUUACUGUUGCUUGUUAGGAUUAAGCAUCAGGUUAGUACUUUCAUUUCAGGUGUGACAUUCCUGAAGUCUUUUCAUUUUUUUGCUAUCAUUAAAUUAUAACAUAUUUCAGACAUAUAAAAAAGUAUAAAGAAAUAGUUAUAACAAAUACUCAUGUACCCAAUAUGCAGGAUUGACAUAUAUUAGCACUUGGAGUCUUAGUCAUAAGUAAUUUCGUCCUCUUUUGACAUCUAGGUUAGAGCCUUAGAUUGCAUCUUUUCUACAUUUGCUUUCAAGGGCACAUCGUGGAUUCCUGAAAGACUGUCCAUGCUCAUGCAGGACCGCGGUGUUCAGAGCCACCCUGAGAGCCUCUCGGGACUGUUCCCGAGGGAGCUGUGAUUACGCCUCCUUCUAAGAGACUUUAUAACCAGUUUGUUUCAUGCACUUUAUUACCUUUUGUCUGUCAAAUUUCUUCAUUCUCCUUAGCCUGUAGUGCUUUUCCUAAUAGGAAAAGAUAACUAGCUGCUCUAACCUGGGUGACCCACUUCUGGUUAGCCAGGGAGGUUUAUUGGGCCAGAGUCUCUGCGGGUUUUCUAACUUCUGUGUAGCUGAGCAGACUGGUCUCCGACCAGUUGUACUGCGGCCUGUUGUGCAAUACGGUGAAGGAAGGGUCCUAACUUGGGUUGUGGAGGCCUGCCUCAGCCACCCUAAGAAGGCGAUUCUGAGUUAUGGCUCAGGCCACCUGUAUAAGGUACUGACUCUGGAACUUAGGCCUGUGGUACCUAUGGUACCAUUCACUCAACGCCUGAGCACCGACAUGCCACAGGCUGUGAUAGACUCUCUGCUCAAAAUGGAAACAGUGUAAUUUGCUUUAGACGCUUUAUAAAAUAAGAGAAAUUAAAUUUGUACUGUCAAAUUUCACAAAAUUGAAUUUUGAGAAGUUUAAUAAAUUUGUUCAGUAGCAGACUGCAAAAAUAAUCUUUAUUUUCCAGAGUUGACAAUGUACCUUUACCUCCUAGCACAAGUUUAAAGCUAUGAGUUAUUCCAGAUACUACCUGAAGGAUGUGCCAGAAAACCCUUUGCUGAUGUUCUAGAGUAGUUGUACUCUAACACAAGAAAAUCAAUGUAGAUGAGGGUUCCCCAAACCUUGGCACUACUGGCAACUUGGGCCCAGUGAUUCUUUGCUGUGUGGGGUCGUCCCGUGCAUUGUAGAACAUUCCUGGUCUCCACCCACCAGAUGCCACCCACAAAUGUUCCCUAGGGGGCAAAGUUACCCCAGCUGAGAGCCCCUGAUGUAAACCAUGAAGUGAGUAUCAGUAAGUAUUUUACUACCCACGCCUGAGUGUGUCAGACCUGAGAGCGUUCAUCUAGUACCACUGUGACACAGGCUUUUUUUAUGGUCAGAUACCAAAAUUUGAGAAUGACAAAUUCCACUGUGUCAUUGUCAGAUGUCUUAAAGAAAUUAGGUUUAGCGUGGAUGAGUCAAAAGCAGUUUGCAGUCUUUCACUUCUCCAAUUUUAAUUUAGAGGGGAAAAAGUUAUAACCCAUAGCUUUGCUUGGUUUUGUUUUUUUGUUUUUCAGGUUACUGAUACAUAUGAAUCAGCCACACUAUUUUUUUAAACACACUCAACCUGCAGUAAUUUUUUCUACCUGAUUCCAAAGGGUAAUGGAAGAUCUGCUGCUGUGGCAGCAGCUUAUAUAUAAAAUAGAGGUAGACUGGCACAGGUAUUAGCUCAGACAGAAUCUUCCUGAACAACAAUAAGAAAAGAAAAAGAAAAGUGGAUCUGGGGUACAACAAUGGGGUCACCGGCAUGCACACGGGUUAUAGAGGUAGAGGUGGGCAUGGUGGGCCGUCUAGGAAAGGGAUGGAUGGAGAGGAGGGAUGGGAGGGACAGAGCCUGCAGGCUGCUACUCAAGUGUGAGGAAGAGGAGGGGGAGCCGAGAAGGCAGAUGAGGAAGAAGACCGGGAGAGUGAGGUUCCUAGAGCCAGGAGAGGACAGGGCUUUGAGAAGAGGCCGUCUGUCACCUGCAGCCAAGAGGGUGAGUUAGAUGAGGCUGGAAUUGCCCCUUGGAUCUGGCAACACUGAGGUCUUGUUUGGCCUCUAGGAAGAGCGUUUUCAGGGGAGUUGGGGGAAACCAGGGUUAGGGGGUGGGGGGUACAUGGGAGGUGAGGAGGUGGGCCCAUCCCUGCAGUGACUUGAGAAGUUUAGGGCAGAGACAUGGAAGUGGGAGCUGGAGUGGGCCUGAGGGAUAAAGGAAGGUGUUUUUAUAACGGGUAUCAGUGGGCAACAUGGAGAGCCGAGGCCAGGUGAUGGCCAGGGGUGGUGAGGGGUGUGGACACCUGGCAGUGACUGAGGCAAACAGAGACUUGAGCCAGUGGGCUCAGGGCUGCUCACUCAGGGCGGUUCAUGGCAGACUGGUUCUCUCAGGGGGCACUUGGAGAAGUCCAGGCCUCCUGGAUUUAUUUGAUGGGAGCAGAGGAAAGGGAGCCACUACAGAUCACAUCAGUGUUUGUGACUGGAAGACAGAGAAAAGGCAGCACAAUUAAUAGAAGUUGGGAAUCUGUUUUGGGUGAACCCAUCUGGUUUAAGUUAUGAUGAGUUUGGGCUUAUGGUUAGGUAUAAAAAAGAGAAGUCCAAGAGGCAGUUGGAAAUGGAGAGAGAAGUAUUAUGUUAUGGCUGGAAACACUUGUCAGGGACUACCUGAAAACUUGGGAAGAGGUCAGAAAGAAGAGCCAAGACCCAACAAGAAAGUUGGGGUUCACCCAAGUAGAAGCUGGGAGAAGCAAGGGAACAAGAUCUGGAAACAAAGCAGUCCUACAGUGCUGGCAGAGAUGGCAUUUGGGAAUAGUAAACUUGGAGAGGUGCAUAACCCUGUGAUUUCCAGGAAUUUCUUACAAGGAAAUAAUCAUGGAUGGGUGCAAAAACUUUAAUUAUAAUGAUAUUCUUUGUGGUAUGAUUUGUAAAAAUGAUACACUGGAAAUAACUGGUGAUUGGUAUGGGACAAUUAUACAGUGGAACACUAUGCAGCCAUGAAAAAGACAGAAUAAUAUCAAAUAACAUAGAAAGUGUUCAUGAGAUAAUAAGUCAUAAAAACAGGUUACAAAACAGUAUCAUGGAUAUAUAAUUUUUUAAAUUUAGUAGCUUUAUUGAAGUAUAAUUCACAUGCCAUGCAAUUCACCCAUGUAAAAUGUACAAUUCAAUGAUUUUUAGUAUAUUAAUUCACAGAUAUGUGCAACUAUCACCCCAGUCAAUUUUAGAACAUUUCCAUAACCUCAGAAAGAAACUCUGUACCCUUUAGCUAUCACUCCCUAUGUCCCCAUGACCUCCCUCUCCAGCCCAAGUAACCACUAAUCUUUCUAUCUCUAUAGAUUUCCCUAUUCCAGACUUUCAUAUGAAUGGAAUCAUAUAGUAUGUGAUCUUUCAUGUCUGACUUCUCUCACUAGCCUGGUGUUUUCAAGGUUCAUCCAUGUUGUAGCAUGUAUCAGGGCUUCAUUUGUUUUUGUGGCUGAAUAAUAUUUUAUUGUGCUGUAUACCAUAUUUUGUCUAUUCAUUUAUUAGCUGAUGGGCAUUUGAGUUGUUUCCAACUUUUGGCUAUUAUGAACAUUCAUUACAUGUUUCUGAGUGCACAUAUGUUUGCAUUUCUCUUGGAUAUAUACCUAGGAGUGAAAUUGCUGGGUCAUUUGAUAACUCUAUGUUUAAUCAUUUGAGAAAUUGCCAGACUCUUUUCCACAGCAGUGUCAUUACGUUCCCACCAGCAGUGUAUGAGGGUUCCCAUUUCUCCGCAUCCUUGCCAACACUUGUUAUUAUCUGAAUUUUUGAUUCUAACCAUUCUAGUGGGUGUGAAGGUAUCUCAUUGUGGUUUUGAUUUGCAUUUCCCUAAUAAUUGAUGAUGCUGAGAAUCUUUCCAUGUAUAUUCACCAUUUGUAUAUCUGCUUUGGAGAAAUAUCUAUUCAAGUCCUUUGCCAAUUUUUUAAUUGGGUUAUUCAUCUUUUUAUUAUUGAGGUUGUAUGUCAUGAUUCUAUUUUUGUCAAUAAAAAUUAUGCAUCAAAAAAGGCUGGGGCCGGCCCCGUGGCUUAGCGGUUAAGUGCGCGCGCUCUGCUGCUGGCUGCCCAGGUUUGGAUCCUGGGCGCGCACCGAUGCACUGUUUCUCCGGCCAUGCUGAGGCCGCGUCCCACAUACAGCAACUAGAAGGACAUGCAACUAUGACAUACAACUAUCUACUGGGGCUUUGGGGGA